AUUCCUUUCGCGAAGUGCAAAGCCGCCCGGCUCGCAUCAACAUUCAUCCGGGGCGCCACCGGACCGAGAAUAGGCCGGUGGUGGGGCAGCGGAAGAAUUAAUCUCAUCAAUCACAGGCAGACAACCGUCUUUACCCUUCCCAGCCCGGAGCAGGGAGCAGCUCCCAAGCCACACCACACCACAGGAAUAGAUGGAUCGUCGGGCAAUGGGCCGAACACCCCACCGCUACAAAUACCUCUACGCCCGCGCUCCGCCAUGAAUCCCUCGCUCUCCAAGUUCAUGCUUGCUCGCACCCCGAAACAUAUACUACACCCUACGCCUACCAUGAACACCGCGCUGCAUCUGAACACCGGCGCCUCGAUGCCCGCCCUCGGGCUGGGGACGUGGCAGUCUGCGCCGGGGGAGGUUAAGAAGGCCGUUGUGCAUGCCAUUGAGGCGGGAUACAGGCACAUUGACUGCGCAUACUGCUAUCAGAACGAGGAUGAGGUGGGCGAGGCGCUGCAGGACGUAAUAUCGCGGGGCAUCGUCAAGCGGGAGGAUCUGUUCAUCACGAGCAAGCUGUGGUGCACAUUCCACACGAGGACAGAGGAGGGGCUACAGAAGAGCUUGGAUCUACUGAAGACGCCGUAUCUGGAUUUGUUUCUGAUGCAUUGGCCGGUGCCUAUGAACCCCAGAGGGAACCAUCCUCUAUUCCCCAAGCUCCCCGACGGCUCGCGCGAUAUCGACCACAGCACAAACCACAUACAGACCUGGAAGAGCCUCGAGAAGCUCAUCCAAACACACCCGGAGAAGGUCAAGGCUAUCGGUGUUGCAAACUACUCGGUCAAGUACCUCGAGAAGCUCCUCGCGCAAGCCACCAUUGUCCCCGCCGUGAACCAGAUUGAAAACCACCCGCUCCUCCCGCAGCAAGAGAUCGUCGACUUCUGCAAGCAGAAGGGCAUCCUCAUUAUCGCGUACAGCCCGCUUGGUAGCACAGGCUCGCCGCUGUUCAAGGAUGAGGCAGUGAACGAGGUCGCAAAGAAGCACAAUGUCGGUCCUGGAACUGUAUUGCUCAGCUAUCACCUUGCCCGCGGCUCCGCCGUCCUCGCCAAAUCUGUGACGCCCGCUCGCAUCGACGAGAACCGCAAGCUCAUCUCGCUCGACGAUUCGGACAUGGCGAAGCUGGAAGGCAUUCACAAGAAGCAAGGUCUUACUCGUUUCGUGUACCCGCCCUUCGGCGUUAAUGCCGGCUUUCCAGACAAGCCUGAUGGCAUGGAUCUGAGUGGUUGAUUACCAGUUUCAUGAGACAUGAUGAGUGUAAAAUUUGGUGAACCUAUACCCCUUAUAUAGACCAGAUCUGUGGCAAUAGAGAAAAAUUUAGCUCUUGGAAUGUCC